AUAAAUAUUGAAAAAUCACUAAAUUUCCCACAAAGCAAGCCGUCAACUUUUACCAAUCUUUCAACCCUGGGCUAACUUUCAAUUCACCAAACUUUGAACACCAAAUUUUCAAUUCACCAACCGUUGAACACCACACUUUCAACUUUCACCAACUAUAUAAACACCAAACUUUCAACUUUCACCAACUAUAUAAACACCAAACUUUCAACCAACCAUUCACCACCAAACUUUCAGAAAUCAUCCUCUAUAUAAACAUAUGUCCAAUAUUUGUUGAUCACACAACCUUUCAACCUUCAAUCAUCCUUUAUAUUCACCCAUUUUCAACUUUCAAAGAGUUUUUGUUUCCUAAAAAUCCUCAAUAUCUCAUCAAUGGGUGAUAGAAGAAGGCGUAGUAUGGCAAUGCAGAUGGCACAAUACCAAGCAAGGAUGGAGAUUGAGGAUGCAGAAUUGUUCAAUGCUGAAGUUGAACUAUUCAACUCGUUUAUGCAAUCUGAGCACAAUGGCGAAUCUAGCCAUCGUGGUUCUGUCACGGGACGUUCAUAUGUGCAGCGUGAUAGAGAAGAGUGUCAUGAUCGAAUGAUGAAAGAUUAUUUCAUCGAGCGUCCGAGAUUUCAUGCUCAUGAUUUUCGGAGGCGGUUUCGGAUGAGGAGAGAGCUUUUUGAAAGCAUCUUGAAUGCAGUUGUCAAUCAUGACCAAUACUUUGAACGGAGGGUAGAUGCCACCGGCCGACAAGGUCUAUCACCUCAUCAGAAGCUCACAUCUGCUUUUCGCAUGCUAGCUAAUGGAUGCUCUGCAGACUCAACUGACGAGUAUUGCCGCCUUGCAGAAAGUACUGCUAUUGAGAACCUGAAGCGCUUCUGUAAGGCAAUUGAAGGCAUAUAUGGAGCCACAUACCUCCGCAACCCAAAUCGUGCAGACUUGAAGAGGCUUCUACGCAAGGCAGAAAAAAGAGGCUUCCCUGGCAUGAUAGGAAGUCUCGAUUGUAUGCAUUGGGAGUGGAAGAAUUGUCCUACUGGUUGGGCUGGCCAAUUCAAGGGCCGUCAUGACAAGCCAACCAUCGUGCUCGAGGCUGUGGCGUCUUACGACACAUGGAUUUGGCAUGCUUUCUUCGGUGCUCCUGGAUCAAACAACGAUAUCAACGUUCUUUGGUCUUCUCCUUUAUUCGAUAAUGUUGUCAAUGGAUGGGCACCAGAAUUUCGGUACAAGGUAAAUGGUAAUAGGUAUGAGCUAGGUUACUACCUAACUGAUGGUAUUUAUCCUAGUUGGUCUACUUUUGUCAAAAGUUUUUCUCAUCCUGAUAGUGCAAAGAAGAAAUUAUAUUCGCAGAGGCAAGAGUCUUACAGGAAGGAUGUGGAGAGAGCGUUUGGGAUUCUACAAGCUCGAUGGGCCAUUGUUAGAGGGCCUGCACGAUUUUGGCAGUCCGAAGACCUCCAUUCAAUCAUGAUGACGUGCAUAAUUUUGCACAAUAUGAUUGUGGAAGAUGAGUACAUUGAAAUUGAAGAAGAUUCAGACGAAGAUGUGGAUGAUGACCAACCAACACAUGCAAGAGCUAUUGCAAGAGAUGUUGAAUAUCUCGCUCCAACCACAUAUGAGACCCGACAGGAUAGGGUCACCUUGAGUGAGUAUAUGAGACGUUUAAAUAGAAUUCAAGCUCCUCAAUGUCAUGACACACUCCGUAAAGAUUUGGUUGAGCAUGUAUGGCGCCGAGAGGAUUUGUUUGAACAAAUACAUAGAUUCUGA